AUGCUUUACACGGGCACGAUUGCUGCAAAUAGCAAGGAUGCCUCCCAGCUGGAAAAGGCAGCUCAGCGGAGGGCCGAAAAUAUCCAUCGACUGGACUCCAUCAUCCUUCUUACCUACAUCUCUGUACUUGUGGUAAUUGUGCUUACAUCAUGGCUUUUCAAGCAUUAUCGAUUUAUGUGUGUGCAUGAAACCGGGCUUACAUUGCUUUACGGGUUAUUAAUUGGCUUUGUUAUUCGAUAUUUUGACAUUGGAUUGCUAGAGUCUCAAACAUACGAUGUAAUUUUAAAAGAUCAUAAGGUUAUCGACGAACCUCCAGAUUACUUGAGGCUAGAGGUGAAACCGGAAGAUGCCCCACAUGUCUCAUUCCAUUACGAGUUGAUGGAAGGCUUUUACGCUGACAAGAAGAAGCAUAAUGAGCAAAAAAUUGAACAAAAGAGUGCAUUCUCUCCUGAGAUUUUCUUCAAUAUCAUGCUCCCACCAAUCAUCUUCAACGCUGGUUAUAGUCUUAAAAAACGUCACUUCUUCCGAAACAUUGGCAGUAUACUGGUUUUCGCCUUCAUCGGCACCACAAUCUCAUGCUUUGCAACCGGAUCGUUGCUAUAUGUGUUCACGAAGAUAUUCGGUAUGGGAUUUUCAUAUCAGGAGCUUCUCUUCUUCGGCGCUUUAAUUUCUGCAACUGAUCCAGUCACCGUUAUCUCACUGUUCGCUGAGAUGAACGUCGAAGCUGAUCUCUUUGCCUUGGUUUUUGGUGAAAGUGCUCUAAACGAUGCUGUUGCCAUGGUAUUAUCAAGCACGAUCGAUAACUUCUCAUCAGGAGGUGACGUGGCUGGAAUGAACGAAAUUGUUUACGCUCUUGGGAAAUUUGCAUACAUUUUCUUUGGGUCACUUUUGUUGGGUUCAAUGAUUGGAUGCGGCAAUGCUCUUAUUACGAAAAUGACGGCAAUUGCGGAACAUCCAUUGCUUGAAAGCAGUCUGUUCGUACUUGUAUCAUACAUUUCGUUCCUGAUUGGAGAGGUUGUAGGACUAACAGGUAGGAUCGUUAUGAAUAUCUUACGUUGUUGCUGA